GCCGCUGGGGCCAGCCAGCCAAUCGGGAGCCGUGAUUCGUCCAGCAGAAAAGAGGAAGCAAACAACGAGCCAACAACACAACCUUAUUCCGAAACCUUAUUCAAAGUGUGUUGCUGCAGCUUUACGCCCAUCAACAACCAACAUUCAGUGCUUUUCUCUAUUGCUAGUGCUCGACACGUUCCAGACGGCCUCUUACUGCAUUUUACUCGUGGUACGGAGUAGACACCUGUAGAAAAGAAAGAUGACUUUGAAGUGCGAUAGUUGCUUACUCAAGUUUGACCUGCACUCCCAUCGCCCUAAAAACCUACCCUGUGGACAUACCAUCUGUAAGGAAUGUGUUGAAAAUCCUACUUUAGGGAGGAAGUGCCCAACUUGCAAGAAGGCAUUCAAGCAACGCCGACCUCACAAUCUCCCCGACACCGCCAUAGUGGUUCGAUUGCUGGAGGACGAGGACGAACCUCCCUCCAAGAAGCCUAAAACUGAGAAUCCUGAGCUGCAGCAGCUACAGCGGGGCGCGGACGCGGGGCGGAAGGUCGUGGAAAUGCUGCGGCUGGUGGUUCCACAGGCGGUCAAGGCCCUGAACCGCCAGCUGGGCUUGUCGAUCACCAAUCUUGCUCGAGUGGAGGCGGCCCUGGAGAGAGGGAUGGAGCCGGGGGCAGCAGGUGCUGUCGACACCACGGCGGACGCGUCGGACCCGCUCCGGUUGGACGAGGAGGAGCCGCUGCAGCUGGCGGAGCAGCUGGAGGCCAGCCACCGCCUGCUCACCUCCACUAAGUGCACGGUCGCUGCCGAAGGGGAGGGUGGCUCCGCCUGGACGGCCUCUGUGCAGCCCGGAGGGUGCGGCGACAUCUUACGCCUUCUGCUGCUGCUGGUGUCGAAUGCUAAUCUUGCACAGCAGUUGGCUUCAGGUAAAUUUCAGCUCGCGACUGUUAAUAGUGAGCAAGUGCCAGACACCCAAGGGGAGCCAAAAAGUGUUGCUGAAAGUAGCCAGAAGGAAGUGGGAACUACAGAGCAACCAACCCAACAGCCUGCUCAGCAGCCACCUGCUAUUGUACUACUACCAUCUCCUGUCAAGACUGGCGAGGAGAAGGAGUGUGAGAUUGAGCGGUCCUUAAAGGCUGGACAGCCUCCUGGAACUGUUACCAAGUGUAUCACUGCUCAGGUGAUGCACACUGGCCAGGGCCCGCGCAUUAUGCUCCAGGGAGUCCAGGCAACAGAGUUCACACAAGAUCAAUUGGAAUUAGUUCAGACUCAAGUUAAACAAAAUUUACUUCAAGCUCAAGCCAAAGGCAACAAAGCUAGUAUCCUUGGACCUACCAAAUUCCUCGUGGUUAUGCGACCUAAGAGUGCAACACCUGCCACGCCAACUCAACCACCUCCAAAACGUAGUGAGGCAACCAAGGUUGCAGUAGAGCCCAAACCUAGUCAGAAGCUGCGGGCGGACGGCCAGCUGGGAAAGGUUGACGACGCCAGCGCCGUUCCUGCGACCCCUGUUGCGGCUUACGUGGGCCCGCCUCUCAUCUCCGUUCUAACGAUAACUAAUCAACACCUUGACAAUAAUGGUCGUCUAAAAGUAAAUGACAUUCUUCGUGACGUUCCGCAGCAAUGGUCCACCCCUCGCAGCCUGCGGGAUUUAAAGGGCGAAGGCUCUGAGGACCUGCUGCGGGUCAUGGGAGCGCACCUCGAGGAGCUGCAGACCUCGGGGGAGGUUCAGCCCAGCGUCAUGGAGGAGGUGCUGAAGAUGUCGGCACUCAGACGACUGGAAGUUAAGUGCACUCUAAGUGAAAAAUACCCGGACCUGCCGUUACAGCUGGAAGAGCUCCACAUUAACCAAGCCACGGAGAAUCAGUUGCGAUGUUUGGAGCACAUGCCCAGACUGCGCAGCUUGACGGUUCUCAAUUACGUUGGCUCAAAUCUGACCUUCCCUCCCUCGCAGCAUAACAGGCUGCUGUGGCUCUGCGUGGGGUUCAAUGCUGGGCACAAGUUCACCAUGAUGUCCCUGAUUCGGGCCCAUGCCUCAUCAGUUCAGGAGCUCCGUGUAUGGUGCACCCCCACCGACAGCAAUGGCAAGUCUUUCUAUUUCCCCGACCUGGGCCAGGAGCUGGCGGCAUGCGGCCUUUCGGCCCUGCGGCGGCUCGUCCUUGAUCGCCGUCUUGAGAAAAGUCGGUGCUCUCACCAGGCCGCUAGCUGCCUGUUACAGCGAAGAACUGUUCGAGACGCAUUGUUUCCCUUGCCUGUUGAAGUGUUUUGCACGUUGUGUCACAGAGCUGAAUUCUAGCUGAACGGUCUUACCAUGUAGGUUCCCUUUUCUAUCAGGAAGUUAAACUGUUACACGUUUAAAACCCUUCCCAAAGGCCCCUAAGCCGCUAAAAUGUUCUAAAAUUUGUGUUUUGUUUUUGUUAUUUCUUAUAAGGUUUUUGUCCAGUUUGUUUAAUGAAACUUGCAAAAGUAAUCAAUACAUUAUUUUAUUUGA